GUUCCAUAGGCACACACCUUAUGGCAACUUGGGCAAGGCUGGUCCUACUUGGUCCGCUUGCUUGCUCGUCAAGGAGUCUCCAACGGCUUAUAUGUUCUCGGUCUUGCAAAGCCUGCGCUUGCCAUUGCUCCGGCCGGCAGGGCUGUACCGGGUUUGUGCACUUCGGUGACGCGUGGACGAUUCGUCGACUGACCCAAGUAACAAGCUGGCCUCGGCAGCUCACUGUCGCACAUGGCUCUGGGUCGGGAUCUGUUCCAAGGCGAGUAUCUUUUCAGGGCUGAAUAAGGCGCUUGUAUUCGCCAGCAGAUUUCGACAUUUUCCCGUUGAGAGCGCCCCACAGACACCUGGAGCGACAAGGCGACGAUAUGCUCGUCUACACGCCUAUCUGCGCGCAAGCAACCGGUGCAAGUGCAUGCGUAGCGUCAAGGUCGACGCCAUUCUCGUCGCGUGGCUCGAGGAGAUGCUUCACUUGGGCAACGUACUCUCUUUUCGAUGGCUUGUCCGGUCUGCCGUCAGCUUCGACUUCGCGCACAAGCCUAUCGUUCAGAACACGAAGUCAACGGCGCCUUAGGACCAGUCGACGAUACAGUACCAGUCAGGCUUUGAUCGGGCAUGCCUCCUGGGCAUCAUGUUGUGGCAGAGCAAGCAGAUUUGCAGCGCGAGGCCCUGCUCUAUUAUAUGCACAGUCACGAGCGUGGGACACCGUUCGAGUCUUUUCAACAUGGCACAAGGCCCGGCCGCAGAGACGCUUCCACUACGUUGCUUGGCCGUCAUUACUAUCGACUGCUUCAUUACGAAUGAGAGCGACCGCGCGCCUAUCCUUUCCUAUUAAGAUGAGCGCGACUGCGACAUUCACUAGCACCGCCAGCCAGGGCAAAGAUACACCCACGCCUAGGGAGCAAUCAAUGUCCAUAAACGAACUGAUGCGCCUACCAGACCUGUUGGAGGAGCCUUUGCGCGUCCCCAAAGACCCGAUCGUCCUGUGCCAUGGACUGUACGGGUUUGACGUCCGUGGGCCUUUUCUUGGUCUUGAGAUUCACUAUUGGGCUAAAAUUAGCGAUCUUCUUCGCAACAAGAUCGGCGUAGAAGUCAUCACCAAGGGUGUUCCGAGCACUGGCUCAAUCAAGGAGCGUGCUGAAGCACUGCACAACUUCCUCUGUUCCCCAGCCGCGGGUAUUCAAGGCCGUAAGGUACACUUCAUCGGACACAGCAUGGGCGGCCUCGAUGCGCGUUACCUGAUCUCCAACAUCCGUCCCACGCCGGAGCAGUACACACCACUGUCACUCACCACCAUCUCGGCGCCACAUCGUGGCAGCCCGUUUAUGGAUUGGUGCAAUGCCAACGUUGGCAUCGGCAGCGCCUUUAUCGAGAUGGAGAUCGAGAGGGCGCGAAAAGAGGGCUUGAUCCCACCACCUAGGAACAACGGGAAGGCGGUGAACAAUGUACCGAAGGACGGCUCCAAAAGCGGGUCAGGGAGUGCGCAGAAGGACUCGGCGUCAACGCUCGGCUCGGCCACCUCGCCAACUGAUCUUUUCAGCGAGACAAGUACCGAUGCAAAAGGAUCUUGCGCUGUUGCCGCCGCUGGUGAAGCUGUAGCAGACUUCAAAGCUGAGGCCGAUGCUGCAGUAGAUCCAGAUGAGCACCCUCGUCCUCCGUUUUCGCUCAAGACGCCUCUGCUUGUCCGGCGCAAGGUCAAUGAUAGUAGCAAGGAUACCACCUCAGGCGAGCGCGUGGGAGAGAAGGCAAGCCUGAAGGGCGUCGCACCAUUCAAGGGUGAUACUGGGGUAGAGAGCCAUUUAGAAGGAGACGCCCGGAACGCAGCAGCUGUGGUCCACGCUGCGUCCACCGCUGUCCGAACUGUGGCUGCGCAAAUUGACAAAAUGCAAGACGGCAAUUCGACUGCUGCUCCACCCAGCACAAGUUCCACUGCCGCUGAUUCCAAAGGCAAGGUGAAUGAAGAAACCAAUGAGUUUGCGGAAUCGGGAGUGAAGGCGGCUGUCGACAGCUUUCGGGGUGCGUUUGAAAAUGGAGGAGACAAGAAUGCUACUCGGAGCAAAUUUCGUGCCACUGCCGACGUCAGCAAGGCUGCCGCCAACGCUGCGUCUAAGUAUCUGGAAGAGGAGAAGAGAGAUUCGUCCCCAUCUGGCCCUCUGGACCUUGGCGUCUUCUCUCGUCUCCUCACCAGCAUCUCUGGCUCCUUCAGCAAUUUUCUCCUUUCGGCUGUCGACCAACCAGCGUACGCCAUGCUAUCCACGCGAUACAUGUCCACGGUCUUCAAUCCGACGACGCCAAACCACCCUGAUGUCAAGUACUACUCGAUCGCCGCACGAAUCCGCAAGCUGCCGGUCUGGCACCCGCUCUGGCUACCUAAGGUCAUCCUAGACGCGGCUGCGGAGAGUAGGACGUCAGGUGGUGAAGUCGAUGGGAGCGGCGAUGCGCUCGGCGGUGACUUGCAGGGCAAUGACGGCAUCGUCAGCGUCAGGAGCGCCAAGUGGGGUCAAUUUCUUGGCAUCGUCGAAGGUUGUGAUCAUUGGGAUCUAAGGGGCGGCGGCGCACCUCGAUUGGCGGGCAAGAUCAACCCUAUCACUGGCCGGCCGUAUGAAAGCACGAAGGCAGAGGAGGUCAAGUCCAAGGAGGUGAAGGAGAAUGGAAAAGAUUCCGACGACGAGGAGCAGAGCUGGAUGGACAUCAAUCGCAUCUUGCGCUCUUUGCUAGGGUCCAAGAAGAAUAAUGAUGCCAAGGAAAAGAAAAGCCCUUCGACCACAAUCAGUGCUGGGCCUUCGUCUGAUGGCCAGAUGAACCUGAGCACGUCAGCCACAGCUGUGACUGGCGCGUCGCAGCAAGAGCAGCAGCAGAUGGCCCCUCCUGCCUCUAAGGACCCUUCCAAAUCAAAGCACGACGAUGCGACCUUAACUACCUCAUUGGAGCAUGACGCCACACAGCUCAUCACUGACGGUAUUCAGCAAGCGCACACCACAUCCACCACAGCUGUCACAGGUGUAUUGCACGAAGUAGCGGGCUGGAUCUCGCAGCGUUUGCCGCAGGGCGAUGAGGGGCGCAGGAAGGAGGCGGAGCGCAAGGCCGAGGAGCAGGAGCGAUUGACAGCCGUUGCUGAAGAUGAGCUUCCUACCGCAGGUGGUGCUCAAUGCGAUGGCACCACGGGUAUGGUAGUCUCGAAGAAUGCCCCGGAAGACCCGCUGCAUGCGACGAUGGCAGGGCUCAUUCCAGACGUAAAGCAGUACACUUUGUCAGCAAUAGCCGUUGAGGCUGUGGCUGCGACUGCCUCAACAGCAGCCGAGGAUGUUUCAAACUCACGGCAAUCGGCAUUCAUCCUAACUGAGACGUCACUCAAUAUCCCUGCGGCUGCCGCAGACAUGACUCGCGUAGAUGUCCAGAGUACGUCUCCAAUUACCUCGGCGUCGGUCUCAUCUACCAGUGCGACCACUGACGGCGACAGUGGCAGUGGCAGUAUUAGCAUCAGUAACGCGACAGACAACAGCGAGGAGCAGCCACAGGCGAAAGGUGGAAAGCGCGACAAAGGCAAGAAAAAGCUGUCAAAGGGUGACGAGCAACUAGAGAUAUUUUGGGUGGCUGUAUGCCGUCACCUGUGGGCGCAAGGGUUUUAGAGAAGGAUGAAAGAUGCAUUGCAAAGAAAUCUUCUUAAUGCCGCAUGUUACAUCUUGCCCCAUCACUUUCAAGGUUCUGUAAUGGACACGAGCACAUGAGCUACAUC